CGCCUGAUAGUACGCGAAGAUGGAUACAGAUAGUGCCGACUGACGAGAGAUUAACCCUCGCCAGUCGGCACAUUUAUGCCGGCCUGUUUGAAACCGGAUAUACACAGGCUGAUCCUGGAACGCCACACACUACGGUGGGGUUUACACGUAGUGUCCGGUUGACGCUAUCCGUUUAUACAUAUAUCUCACUACCACUCACUGGCAUAAAGACUAACUUCUUCUGUUUGCCCCUAGCCCGUACCUAGUGUAGUAAAGUCAUAUGCCGUAUUAAAUGUAAUUAAAGUCAUAACUGAAAGCUUAAUUCAUCAGGCAGAAUCAUCAUUUAAGAAUGCACGAAAAUUUUUAUGAAGUUUUUGCGUAUAAUUUUCAAUAGUUAUUACUGUUUCAUCUAAAUAAACAGAUUGCGACAAUAACAGCCGAACUACAAUGACACGAUCGAGUUUUAAUUACGUAUUGUGCUCAUGGUGACAACUAUAUUGUUUUAAUUGUAAAGGAUUAAUUUCUUUCAAAUUUUGUUACUAUUGUUGUGAUUAUAUUGUUUAUUGUGCGUGUGCGUCAAUGAUCAACAGAUUUAUGGUAUAUAAACCCCGAAGAUCUUCGUAGCAGUAUCAAUUCGGUUUCAACUCUCAGGAAAAUGAGAGUAACGGCCUUCGUGAUCCUGUGCUGCGCUUUGCAGUAUGUCACUUCGGACGACAUCGAAAAAACAUUUAAUGACCUCGAAAGGGGUUAUAAAGAAACCAGCGUCAGAAAAUCCGAUGAAUUCAAUGUCAAAAAUGGAACUAUGUUUGAAACGUCAAGAGUACGUAAACAGUUUGAAAGGGAUGGUGCUAAGCCUAAUAUAGAUCCAGGAGAGAAAAUGUUUAGGACUUUAAUGAUCGAAACGGACGCUUCUGGUCACGAAACUAUUUUCGAAGAAGAUGUUGUAAUAAAAAGAGUCCCUGGAGCAACAGACAGUGCUUCUGAGGGUUCCUUACCAACUUCAGCAGGCAGUUCUGGAGUUUCUAUGUCUGCUGCUUCUGCAUCAACAUCUUUUGGCUCAGGAUCACGAGGCGCUCACGGACCAGGACAUAGUGGAGGAAGCGGUGCAAGAGCGUCUGCGGUCGCUGCCGCAACUGUUGCAGGAAGUGGUGAAGUCUACGGAACUUACGGCUCAGACAAUGUUUAUGGCCUAGGUUCAUCCGCUCAAGGCUCAAGGGGAUCUAGCGCCGCGGCCUCAGCAGUUUCGUCAAGUUCUGCUUCAGGACCAGGACGUGUAAUCAUAAUUGACAAUGAAGGCUCUUCAUCAUCCGCAUCAGCCGCUGCAAGCUCAGGAUCCGCCGGACCCAGAGGACCUGAAGGUUAUGGACCCAACUACGAAUCGGGAGAAUACGGUUCCCUGUCAGGCGCCGACAGCAACGGUGAAUAUGGCCCCGAACAUUACGGCCCAGGCAAAGGAUCUAGGGGUUCUGCGGCGGCUGCGGCCGCGGUGGCUGCUGCUUCUGACUCCUACGGCCCAAGAUCGCGAAGUGCUCACGGACCAGGACGUCGUGGAGGUAGUGGUGCUGGAAAGUCUUCCGAAGCCGCUGCUGCAUCUGGUGCAGGAAGUGGUGAAGUCUACGGACCUUACGGCUCAGAAGGUUAUGGCAACAACGGACUUUUCCGCUCAGACAAUGUUUAUAGCCUAGGUUCAUCCGCUCAAGGUUCAAGGAAAUCUAAUGCCGCGGCGUCAGCAGCUGCUACCAGCUCUGCUUCAGGACCAGGAAGUGUAAUCAUAAUUGACAAUGAAGGCUCUUCAUCAUCCGCAUCAGCCGCUGCAAGCUCAGGAUCCGCCGGACCCAGAGGACCUGAAGGUUAUGGACUAAACUACGAACCGGGAGAAUACGGUUCCCUGUCAGGUGCCGACAGCAACGGUGAAUAUGGCCCCGAAUAUUACGGCCCAGGCAAAGGAUCUAGCGUUUCUGCGGCGGCUGCGGCCGCGGCAGCUGAUGCUUCUGACUCCUACGACCCAGGAUCGCGAGGCGCUCACGGACCAGGACGUCGUGGCGGUAGUGGUGCUGGAGCGUCUUCCGGAGCCGCUGCUGCAUCUGGUGCAGGAAGUGGUGAUGUCUACGGACCUUACGGCUCAGAGGGUUAUGGAAACGACGGACUUUUCGGCUCAGACAAUGUUUAUGGCCUAGGUUCAUCCGCUCAAGGCUCAAGGGGAUCUAGCGCCGCGGCCACAGCAGUUUCGUCAAGUUCUGCUUCAGGACCAGGACGUGUUAUCAUAAUUGACAAUGAAGGCUCUUCAUCAUCCGGAUCAGCCGCUGCACGCUCAGGAUCCACCGGAUCCAGAGGACCUGAAGGUUAUGGACCCAACUACGAAUCGGGAGAAUACGGUUCCCUGUCAGGUGCCGACAGCAACGGUGAAUAUGGCCCUGAACAUUACGGCCUAGGCAAAGGAUUUAGGGGUUCUGCGGCGGCUGCAGCCGCGGUAGCUGCUGCUUCUGACUCCUACGGCCCAAGAUCGCGAGGCGCUCACGGACCAGGACGUCGUGGAGGUAGUGGUGCUGGAGCGUCUUCCGGAGCCGCUGCUGCAUCUGGUGCAGGAAGUGGUGAAGUCUACGGACCUUAUGGCUCAGAGGGUUAUGGAAACGACGGACUUUUCGGCUCAGACAAUGUUCAUGGCCUAGGUUCAUCCGCUCAAGGCUCAAGGGGAUCUAGCGCCGCGGCCUCAGCAGUUUUGUCAAGUUCUGCUUCAGGACCAGGACGUGUUAUCAUAAUUGACAAUGAAGGCUCUUCAUCAUCCGCAUCAGCCGCUGCAAGCUCAGGAUCCGCUGGACCCAGAGGACCUGAAGGUUAUGGACCCAAUUACGAAUCGGGAGAAUACGGUUCCCUGUCAGGUGCCGACAGCAACGGUGAAUAUGGCCCCGAAUAUUACGGCCCAGGCAAAGGAUCUAGCGUUUCUGCGGCGGCUGCGGCCGCGGCAGCUGAUGCUUCUGACUCCUACGGCCCAGGAUCGCGAGGCGCUCACGGACCAGGACGUCGUGGCGGUAGUGGUGCUGGAGCGUCUUCCGGAGCCGCUGCUGCAUCUGGUGCAGGAAGUGGUGCAGUCUACGGACCUUACGGCUCAGAGGGUUAUGGAAACGACGGACUUUUCGGCUCAGACAAUGUUUAUGGCCUAGGUUUAUCCGCUCAAGGCUCAAGGGGAUCUAGCGCCGCGGCCUCAGCAGUUUCGUCAAGUUCUGCUUCAGGACCAGGACGUGUUAUCAUAAUUGACAAUGAAGGCUCUUCAUCAUCCGGAUCAGCCGCUGCAAGCUCAGGAUCCGCCGGAUCCAGAGGACCUGAAGGUUAUGGACCCAACUACGAAUCGGGAGAAUACGGUUCCCUGUCAGGUGCCGACAGCAACGGUGAAUAUGGCCCUGAACAUUACGGCCUAGGCAAAGGAUUUAGGGGUUCUGCGGCGGCUGCAGCCGCGGUAGCUGCUGCUUCUGACUCCUACGGCCCAAGAUCGCGAGGCGCUCACGGACCAGGACGUCGUGGAGGUAGUGGUGCUGGAGCGUCUUCCGGAGCCGCUGCUGCAUCUGGUGCAGGAAGUGGUGAAGUCUACGGACCUUAUGGCUCAGAGGGUUAUGGAAACGACGGACUUUUCGGCUCAGACAAUGUUUAUGGCCUAGGUUCAUCCGCUCAAGGCUCAAGGGGAUCUAGCGCCGCGGCCUCAGCAGUUUCGUCAAGUUCUGCUUCAGCACCAGGACGUGUUAUCAUAAUUGACAAUGAAGGCUCUACUUCAUCCGCAUCAGCCGCUGCAAGCUCAGGAUCCGCCGGACCCAGAGGACCUGAAGGUUAUGGACUAAACUACGAAUCGGGAGAAUACGGUUCCUAUCGCGAGGCGCUCACGGACCAGGACGUCGUGGAGGUAGUGGUGCUGGAGCGUCUUCCGGAGCCGCUGCUGCAUCUGGUGCAGGAAGUGGUGAAGUCUACGGACCUUAUGGCUCAGAGGGCGCUCACGGACCAGGACGUCGUGGAGGUAGUGGUGCUGGAGCGUCUUCCGGAGCCGCUGCUGCAUCUGGUGCAGGAAGUGGUGAAGUCUACGGACCUUAUGGCUCAGAGGGGUUCUGCGGCGGCUGCGGCCGCGGUAGCUGCUGCUUCUGACUCCUACGGUCCAAGAUCGCGAGGCGCUCACGGACCAGGACGUCGUGGAGGUAGUGGUGCUGGAGCGUCUUCCGGAGCCGCUGCUGCAUCUGGUGCAGGAAGUGGUGAAGUCUACGGACCUUAUGGCUCAGAGGGUUAUGGAAACGACGGACUUUUCGGCUCGGACAAUGUUUAUGGCCUAGGUUCAUCCGCUCAAGGCUCAAGGGGAUCUAGCGCCGCGGCCUCAGCAGUUUCGUCAAGUUCUGCUUCAGGACCAGGACGUGUUAUCAUAAUUGACAAUGAAGGCUCUUCAUCAUCCGCAUCAGCCGCUGCAAGCUCAGGAUCCGCCGGACCCAGAGGACCUGAAGGUUAUGGACCCAAUUACGAAUCGGGAGAAUACGGUUCCCUGUCAGGUUUCGACAGCAACGGUGAAUAUGGCCCCGAAUAUUACGGCCUAGGCAAAGGAUUUAGGGGUUCUGCGGCGGCUGCGGCCGCGGUAGCUGCUGCUUCUGACUCCUACGGCCCAAGAUCGCGAGGCGCUCACGGACCAGGACGUCGUGGAGGUAGUGGUGCUGGAGCAUCUUCCGGAGCCGCUGCUGCAUCUGGUGCAGGAAGUGGUGCAGUCUACGGACCUUACGGCUCAGAGGGUUAUGGAAACGACGGACUUUUCGGCUCAGACAACGUUUAUGGCCUAGGUUCAUCCGCUCAAGGCUCAAGGGGAUCUAGCGCCGCGGCCUCAGCAGUUUCGUCAAGUUCUGCUUCAGGACCAGGACGUGUUAUCAUAAUUGACAAUGAAGGCUCUUCAUCAUCCGCAUCAGCCGCUGCAAGCUCAGGAUCCGCUGGACCCAGAGGACCUGAAGGUUAUGGACCCAACUACGAAUCGGGAGAAUACGGUUCCCUGUCAGGCGCCGACAGCAACGGUGAAUAUGGCCCCGAACAUUACGGCCCAGGCAAAGGAUCUGGUUCUGCGGCGGCUGCGGCCGCGGUAGCUGCUGCUUCUGACUCCUACGGCCCAAGAUCGCGAGGCGCUCACGGACCAGGACGUCGUGGAGGUAGUGGUGCUGGAGCGUCUUCCGGAGCCGCUGCUGCAUCUGGUGCAGGAAGUGGUGAAGUCUACGGACCUUAUGGCUCAGAGGGUUAUGGAAACGACGGACUUUUCGGCUCAGACAAUGUUUAUGGCCUAGGUUCAUCCGCUCAAGUUUCAAGUAAAUCUAACGCCGCGGCGUCAGCAGCUGCUACCAGCUCUGCUUCAGGACCAGGAAGUGUAAUCAUAAUUGACAAUGAAGGCCCUUCAUCAUCCGCAUCAGCCGCUGCAAGCUUAGGAUCCGCUGGACCCAGAGAACCUGAAGGUUAUGGACCCAAUUACGAAUCGGGAGAAUACGGUUCCCUGUCAGGUUUCGACAGCAACGGUGAAUAUGGCCCCGAAUAUUACGGCCUAGGCAAAGGAUUUAGGGGUUCUGCGGCGGCUGCGGCCGCGGUAGCUGCUGCUUCUGACUCCUACGGCCCAAGAUCGCGAGGCGCUCACGGACCAGGACGUCGUGGAGGUAGUGGUGCUGGAGCAUCUUCCGGAGCCGCUGCUGCAUCUGGUGCAGGAAGUGGUGCAGUCUACGGACCUUACGGCUCAGAGGGUUAUGGAAACGACGGACUUUUCGGCUCAGACAACGUUUAUGGCCUAGGUUCAUCCGCUCAAGGCUCAAGGGGAUCUAGCGCCGCGGCCUCAGCAGUUUCGUCAAGUUCUGCUUCAGGACCAGGACGUGUUAUCAUAAUUGACAAUGAAGGCUCUUCAUCAUCCGCAUCAGCCGCUGCAAGCUCAGGAUCCGCUGGACCCAGAGGACCUGAAGGUUAUGGACCCAACUACGAAUCGGGAGAAUACGGUUCCCUGUCAGGCGCCGACAGCAACGGUGAAUAUGGCCCCGAACAUUACGGCCCAGGCAAAGGAUCUAGGGGUUCUGCGGCGGCUGCGGCCGCGGUAGCUGCUGCUUCUGACUCCUACGGCCCAAGAUCGCGAGGCGCUCACGGACCAGGACGUCGUGGAGGUAGUGGUGCUGGAGCGUCUUCCGGAGCCGCUGCUGCAUCUGGUGCAGGAAGUGGUGAAGUCUACGGACCUUAUGGCUCAGAGGGUUAUGGAAACGACGGACUUUUCGGCUCAGACAAUGUUUAUGGCCUAGGUUCAUCCGCUCAAGGCUCAAGGGGAUCUAGCGCCGCGGCCUCAGCAGUUUCGUCAAGUUCUGCUUCAGGACCAGGACGUGUUAUCAUAAUUGACAAUGAAGGCUCUACUUCAUCCGCAUCAGCCGCUGCAAGCUCAGGAUCCGCCGGACCCAGAGGACCUGAAGGUUAUGGACUAAACUACGAAUCGGGAGAAUACGGUUCCCUGUCAGGCGCCGACAGCAACGGGGAAUAUGGCCCCGAACAUUACGGCCCAGGCAAAGGAUCUAGGGGUUCUGCGGCGGCUGCGGCCGCGGUAGCUGCUGCUUCUGACUCCUACGGCCCAAGAUCGCGAGGCGCUCACGGACCAGGACGUCGUGGAGGUAGUGGUGCUGGAGCGUCUUUCGGAGCCGCUGCUGCAUCUGGUGCAGGAAGUGGUGAAGUCUACGGACCUUAUGGCUCAGAGGGUUAUGGAAACGACGGACUUUUCGGCUCAGACAAUGUUUAUGGCCUAGGUUCAUCCGCUCAAGGCUCAAGGGGAUCUAGCGCCGCGGCCACAGCAGUUUCGUCAAGUUCUGCUUCAGGACCAGGACGUGUUAUCAUAAUUGACAAUGAAGGCUCUUCAUCAUCCGCAUCAGCCGCUGCAAGCUCAGGAUCCGCCGGACCCAGAGGACCUGAAGGUUAUGGACCCAACUACGAAUCGGGAGAAUACGGUUCCCUGUCAGGCGCCGACAGCAACAGGGAAUAUGGCCCCGAACAUUACGGCCCAGGCAAAGGAUCUAGCGGUUCUGCGGCGGCUGCGGCCGCGGCAGCUGAUGCUUCUGACUCCUACGGCCCAGGAUCGCGAGGUGCUCACGGACCAGGACGUCGUGGCGGUAGUGGUGCUGGAGCGUCUUCUGGAGCCGCUGCUGCAUCUGGUGCAGGAAGUGGUGCAGUCUACGGACCCUACGGCUCAGAAGGUUAUAGAAACGACGGACUUUUCGGCUCAGACAAUGUUUAUAGCCUAGGUUCAUCUGCUCAAGGCUCAAGGGGAUCUAGCGCUGCGGCCUCAGCAGUUUCGUCAAGUUCUGCUUCAGGACCAGGACGUGUUAUCAUAAUUGACAAUGAAGGCUCUACUUCAUCCGCAUCAGCCGCUGCAAGCUCAGGAUCCGCCGGACCCAGAGGACCUGAAGGUUAUGGACUAAACUACGAAUCGGGAGAAUACGGUUCCCUGUCAGGCGCCGACAGCAACGGGGAAUAUGGCCCCGUACAUUACGGCCCAGGCAAAGGAUCUAGGGGUUCUGCGGCGGCUGCGGCCGCGGUAGCUGCUGCUUCUGACUCCUACGGCCCAAGAUCGCGAGGCGCUCACGGACCAGGACGUCGUGGAGGUAGUGGUGCUGGAGCGUCUUCCGGAGCCGCUGCUGCAUCUGGUGCAGAAAGUGGUGAAGUCUACGGACCUUAUGGCUCAGAGGGUUAUGGAAACGACGGACUUUUCGGCUCAGACAAUGUUUAUGGCCUAGGUUCAUCCGCUCAAGGCUCAAGGGGAUCUAGCGCCGCGGCCCUCAGCAGUUUCGUCAAGUUCUGCUUCAGGACCAGGACGUCCGCUGCAAGCUCAGGAUCCGCCGGACCCAGAGGACCUGAAGGUUAUGGACCCAACUACGAAUCGGGAGAAUACGGUUCCCUGUCAGGCGCCGACAGCAACGGGGAAUAUGGCCCCGAACAUUACGGCCCAGGCAAAGGAUCUAGGGGUUCUGCGGCGGCUGCGGCCGCGGUAGCUGCUGCUUCUGACUCCUACGGCCCAAGAUCGCGAGGCGCUCACGGACCAGGACGUCGUGGAGGUAGUGGUGCUGGAGCGUCUUCCGGAGCCGCUGCUGCAUCUGGUGCAGGAAGUGGUGAAGUCUACGGACCUUAUGGCUCAGAGGGUUAUGGAAACGACGGACUUUUCGGCUCAGACAAUGUUUAUGGCCUAGGUUCAUCCGCUCAAGGCUCAAGGGGAUCUAGCGCCGCGGCCUCAGCAGUUUCGUCAAGUUCUGCUUCAGGACCAGGACGUGUUAUCAUAAUUGACAAUGAAGGCUCUACUUCAUCCGCAUCAGCCACUGCAAGCUCAGGAUCCGCUGGACCCAGAAAACUUGGAGGUUAUGAACCAAAUUACGAAUUAGAAGAGUACGGAUCCCUGUCAGGUGCCGACAGCAACAGUGAAUACAGACCCGGAUAUUACAGCCCAGGCAAAGGAUCUAGCGAUAUAGCAUCAGAUGUUGAAAUUAACGACUCAAAUGUAGAAUCCCCUGAGGUACAAGAGCCUUCUGCCAUCAUUGCAACAUCUAGCUCUACCUCAGUAGAGCGACCAACUGUUGUUAUUAUCGAAAGUGGUUCCAAGUCUUCCUCAAGUUCGGCAUCAGCAAGUGGUUUGAGUGGAGCAAGGUCACCACGUCGCAAACCGUCCAAGAUUUGCCGUAUCACUCGCCGACAACUCGUCGUCAAGCUCCGAGAGUUGCCUUGUGCCAACUGUUAA